GCAAGAAUUAAGAAAUAUGACACCAUAGUGAGACUGGUGCAUCUUGAAUUCGUGAUCAUGGUAUAAGGAUAUAAAUCAGUAAAUGUAUAAAUUAAUUUGCAGAUUGGAGAAGAAGGGAGGGGAUAUUUGAUUUGCAUUUAAAUAAAAUAGGUGAAGUGUUUUUAACUUCUCCAUUUCGUUUUUGUCAAGAAAAAAAACUUCUCCAUUUCGUUUGUUAAGAGAGAGCUUUCGUUUUAACAGAUUUCCCGCGAGAUACAAGGCUUUCUUCCAUGGCGAUCUUGUGGUAAUUGCGUCUACUUUUUUAUACCCUGGCCUGCAGUAAUCAUUCAACAUUCAAGUUGAUAGCCGAAAAAGAAUGAAUAACUGAAAAAGUUCCCUCUCUCUCGCACCCGGAUCUGAUGCUUCACGUCGCACGUUAAGCAGUGCGUCUGUCGCCGUUGGAUAUAAUCUGGCCCACCUUGGCGCGUGGGACCCGCCGCUAUCGGACGGCCUUCGCUCCAGCCGGACAACGCAUAAAGCGGUCUUCUUCUUCUUCAACCAAGCGCACUAAGCUUCUUCUUUUUAACCUUUUUCUGAUUUUCAAUGUACAAAACUGUGAUUGAAGAAAGUAACUGAACUGGAUGAGAGUUUGAGUUAGCACGGUAGACGCAUCGUUUUGCUCGCUAGUUCUCUGCUCGGCCGAUUCUGUUGAUGCGGCCUGAGGCGCUUUUUGCUUCAGAUUUCUGAUUUGCAGCAAGCGGGGAUUCAAUUGAUGACCAAGAUAGUUGCUUCUGAGGAAAAUCAAGUAUUAGUGUGUGCGUACUUUGAGCAGUGCGUGGUAAAAUUAUUCAGUAAAUUGAGGAAAGGGGCGAGUUUGUUGGAUGGAGACUGCUAAGCGAUGGUUCAGUAAGUUCAGGCUUAAAGAAAAGUCAAAACCUUCCACUAAGAAGGAAAGCACAACUAAUGGGAAGGAAUGCUCCAGAACUGCUGUCAAUGAUGAAGUACCGCCAUCGAAUGCCACUAAGCAAAAGGUUGCUGCUGCAAAGCAGUAUAUAGAAAAACAUUACAAGGAGCAAAUGAAGAGCCUGCAAGAGCGCAGGGAACGACGUAACAUGCUGGAAAAAAAACUAGCUAAUGCUGAGGUUUCUGAGGAGGAGCAAAACAAUAUCCUGAAGUGCCUUGAAAAAAAGGAGACAGAAUUUAUGCGCCUUCAAAGGCAUAAAAUGGGUGCUGAUGACUUUGAGCCAUUAACAAUGAUAGGAAAGGGUGCAUUUGGCGAGGUUAGAAUAUGCAGGGAGAAGACAACUGGCCACAUCUAUGCCAUGAAAAAGCUCAAAAAAUCUGAAAUGCUUCGUAGAGGCCAGGUUGAACACGUCAAGGCAGAAAGGAAUCUACUUGCAGAGGUUGACAGUAAUUGCAUUGUCAAGCUGUACUGUUCUUUCCAAGAUGAUGAGUAUCUAUAUCUAAUCAUGGAAUAUCUUCCUGGAGGUGAUAUGAUGACUUUAUUGAUGCGUAAGGAUACACUAACUGAAGAUGAGGCAAGAUUUUAUGUUGGGGAAACAGUCCUUGCCGUAGAAUCUAUCCAUAAGCACAAUUAUAUUCACAGAGAUAUAAAGCCUGAUAACUUGCUUCUUGAUAGAAACGGUCACAUGAAAUUGUCUGACUUUGGAUUAUGUAAACCAUUGGACUGUAGUAAUCUUCAUGAGAAAGAUUUUACCAUGAGAAAUGACUAUAGUGGUGCUCUUCAAAGUGAUGGGCGUUCUGGGCCUCCAAAGCGCAGUCAGCAAGAGCAACUGCAGCAUUGGCAGAAGAACAGGAGAAUGCUUGCUUAUUCCACUGUUGGAACACCUGAUUAUAUUGCGCCCGAGGUUUUAUUAAAGAAAGGCUAUGGAAUGGAAUGUGACUGGUGGUCACUUGGGGCAAUUAUGUAUGAAAUGCUGGUGGGAUAUCCGCCUUUCUAUUCAGAUGAGCCCAUGUCUACUUGUAGAAAGAUUGUAAACUGGCGAACACAUCUAAAGUUUCCGGAAGAGGCAAAACUAUCACCUGAAGCAAAUGAUCUUAUUUGUAGACUUCUAUGCAAUGUUGAACAAAGGCUUGGAACAAAAGGUGCUCAUGAAAUUAAGGCUCACCCAUGGUUCAAUGGAGUUGACUGGGAUAAGCUGUAUACAAUGAAAGCUGCAUUUAUUCCAGAAGUUAAUGAUGAAUUGGACACUCAAAAUUUUGAGAAGUUUGAAGAGGGUGAUAAUCAAAUGCCAACUGCAAUGAAAUCAGGUCCAUGGAGGAAGAUGCUUUCUUCCAAAGAUGUCAACUUUAUGGGUUAUACAUACAAAAACUUUGAAAUAUUGAAUGACAAUGACGUCCCUGGAAUUGCUGACCUGAAGAAGAAGAGCACUAAACCUAAGAGGCCAACUGUGAAAUCUCUAUUCAAGGAAGAUUCUAAUUCUGGUUCUGCCAAACCAACUCAAGGCAGUUUCCUAAAUCUGCUGCCACCACAGUUAGAAGUUUCCAAAGAGGGUGAAUCAGAAUCUUUCUAACUUUUCUGACAGUCAGGCGAACUAUAUUCAGUUACGCAUAUCAUAUAGAGCAUCAUACUGAUCUUAAUUAAUCUUUUGUAAGUAUUUCAAGGGAAAAAGGUCGUUUGUGUUAUAAGUCUGUACUCGUGUGGGUUCUUAGUGUCCUUUAACUGUGUAAAUUAUUCUUGAAGUGCAAAUAACAUUUUUAAAAGGUAAUUUGUGUUAUUCCCCAGUCUUUUUGGUUUGUUUUUAGUAAUUUAAGUUUCCACUGGGAAGUCCCAGUCAAUCAAUUUGUAUUGCCGAACACACUGAUUCUCUUGGCAAGCAUUUGAGUUGGUUUCAUUAAUGUGUUAUAGUCACUUGUGACUUUGGGUUUCAAGUGAUGCUUUUAUUACUAAUCUUUUGCAAAUCGCAACUGCACUCAAGUUAGUAUAGAGCUUCUUUCAUAAAAAAAUGUUCUUAUAUAGUUAUAUGUUCUGUUAUCUCAAUAAACUUAAUUCCCC